GCGCAUGGAGCACAGCGACGGCGACCCGGCCGCCGGACAGAUCGGCUUGCCCGCGGGACCCGGGCAGCAGCAGGAGCCGCCGCAGGCAGUGGAGGGGGAGGCGGAGCCCGAGGAGGAGGAGGAGGCGGUAACGGUGAUGGCGGCAGACGCCGAGCACAUCGAGAUGGGAGCCCCGUCAAUGCCAAGCGCCGACGAGGCCGCCGCCGCCGCUGCCUUCGCAGAAGUCACCACAGUCACAGUAGCCAACGUGGGUGCCUCUGCAGACAAUGUUUUCACCACAUCUGUGGCCAAUGCAGCUUCAAUUUCAGGACAUGUGUUGUCUGGGAGAACAGCCCUCCAAAUUGGGGACAGCUUGAACCCUGAAAAAGCCACUCUGAUAGUGGUGCACACAGAUGGCAGCAUCGUUGAAACCACCGGGAUCAAGGGGCCUUCAGCACCCCUCACACCAGGACCACAGUCUCCUCCUACCCCUUUGGCAGCUGUCCAGGGGAAAAGUGGAACCAAGUACAACUGGGACCCGUCUGUGUACGAGAACGAGCUCCCGGUGCGGUGCCGGAAUAUCAGUGGCAUUCUGUACAAGAACAGGCUGGGCUCAGGAGGCCGUGGCAGGUGCAUUAAGCAAGGGGACAACUGGUACAGCCCCACAGAGUUUGAAGCCAUGGCGGGGCGAGCCAGCAGCAAGGACUGGAAGAGGAGCAUCCGCUACGCCGGGCGGCCCCUGCAGUGCCUUAUCCACGAUGGGAUUUUAAAUCCCCAUGCUGCCUCGUGUACUUGUGCUGCUUGCUGUGACGACAUGACACUGAGUGGCCCUAUACGACUCUUUGUGCCAUAUAAAAGGCGGAAAAAAGAAAAUGAAAUACCUGCAACUCCAGUGAAGAAGAAUUGUUCCAAAAACAUCACUCUGCUUCCAGCCACUGCUGCAACUACAUUCACCGUGACUCCCUCUGGACAGAUCACGACCUCCGGGGCGCUGACCUUCGACCGGGCAUCCACCGUGGAGGCCACGGCCAUCAUCUCAGAGAGCCCAGCUCAGGGGGAUGUUUUCACUGGAGCCACUGGCCCUUGUUCUCCUGCAGUUCAGGACACCAACGUCCAACAGCCUUGCCGAGUGUCUCAUCCAGAGCCUCACUAUCCCAGUUACCAGGACAACUGCCAGAUCUCACCUUUCCCUGAGGCUGCACUGCCAACAUCUCAUCCCAAAAUCGUUUUACAGAUACUAAGAUUUGGACAAGCAGGUUUCUCCUCUGUGGGAAGUUUUUCACUCUUUAUUGUGAACUUUGAUUUGUUGAUUCUGCCAGAGGCGGCUGCUGUGAUUUUGCAUUUGUUGACCUCUCUGCCUGCCCUGGCAGUGCCCCCCACGACGCCCACCAAAGCCAUGUCACCGUCGGUGGUGAACAGGCUGGAGGUGACGGAGCAGCGGAGCUGGCUCUACCUGGAGGAGAUGGUCAAUUCCCUGCUCAGCACAGCACAGCAGCUGAAGACUCUGAUUGAGCAGGCCAAGCAGGCCAGCUCCUCCUUCCGCGAGGCUGCUGUCACACAGGCCAAGAUCCAGGCUGAUGUGGAGAGGAAAGAGCAAUACCAGAGCCAGUUAUUCCAACAAACAGAGGAUGUGGAUGGGAAGACAGAAAUCAUCAUCAAGCAAUCCUGCGUCAACUGCGGACGGGAGGCCACCAACGAGUGCACGGGAUGCCACAAAGUCAACUACUGCUCCACCUUCUGCCAGCGGAAGGACUGGAAGGACCACCAGCACAUCUGUGGCCAGUCAGCCACGGUGACGGUGCAAGGGGAUGAGGUGCACGUCCCGGACAAUGUCAUGGAGAAGGUCACCGUGUGAGCUCUACCUCCGCAGCCGUUCAGGGAUACGCGGGGCCGGCUGGAUCGGCGACCGGCAGGAACGGUCUGUCCUGUGCCAACAGCACCCUCCCCACUAGCAGACUCAUUUUUCAUUGACUUUUUGAUACUGUGACAGCAUUUGUCUAUUCAUAACCCCUUCCAAAGCUUUGGAUAAUACAGAGACUGUGAAAACCUCAUCUGGAACCCUCUCCCUUCCAUCCCAGCCCCGACUGGCUUUGGGAGGCUUUGCCUUUGCCUGACUGGAUCCUCCACCAUGUGGAUUACAGCAGUCUCCUCAUCUCUCUUGAGAUGGAUCUAAAGCAGGUGCUGCAAGGAGAUCUGCCAGUGCUUCCUCCCACUGGGGCCUCCCUACCUCUCAUUAGAGAAGAGAAAUGAAUCUUUGGUUUAAUUGCCUUGACAAAGUCGGUACAGGUUCUUAGUCUGGCACUUAAAGGAUUUUUGUUUUUCCUGUGUUCCCUCUGUGCUGGGCAAAUCUGGAACACGUUGGAACUUCUCCAAUUAAAUAUAGUUGAAAAAGAACAUGUUGUUAAAUAAAAUGCAAUGGAAGCACAA